UUGGAUUAGGGGGUUGGGCUGCCUGCUGCUCGGAAACCUGCCGCCAGACAUCCAGUCUCUCAUCCGGCGGCGCAGCGUUGUUUUCCCGCAGCAGCAGAGACACCGCAGCGCAGCCUCCAGAUUCACCUGCUCCUCUUCCUCCCUCCGCCUCUGUCCAGACACUGCCGCAGCACCGAGGAGACGCACGGACAAGGACGAUCAGCUGAGCUGUCUUCAGGGAAAUAAAGGGAAUAUACUAAGGGCAGUGAAAGAUGGUGAAACUGGGGAGUAAUCUUCAAGACAAAGGGGCCAAACCUGUGAGCGUGGAGGACGGCUUCCAAAAUGUGCCCCUCAUCACUCCUCUGGACGUGGGCAGCCUCCAGAGCCAAGCACCUGACAAGGUGGUGGUGAAAACUCGGACGGAGUACCAGACAGAGAAGAAGAGGCUGAAGGUUCCCAAGGUGGAGGAGUUCACCAUCAGCUUCACUGACGGGGUGUCUGAGAGACUCAAGGUGACGAUUCUGAUCAUCCUGGCCCUGGCCUUCCUCGCCUGCAUCGUGUUCCUGGUGGUUUAUAAAGCCUUCACUUAUGACCACGCCUGCCCAGAUGGAUUCAUUUACAAGCACAAGCGGUGUAUCCCAGCCUCUCUGGAGGCGUACUACGCCGCCCAGGAUGCCAACUCGAGGGGCCGUUUCUACACAGUGAUCAGCCACUACAGCAUGGCCAAGCAGACGACCUCACACUCUGUCUCCCCCUGGCUGCCUGGAGGGGCCGCAGGGCAGCAGCCCGACCCAAAGCCCCCAGGCAGCGAGGGCCACUAAGUUAGCCGUCAUUUGAGGGUGUUCAUGCAGACAUGAAGAAACACCGGAAGAUGUAGACACAGAAACACACACACAAACAUGUAGGUGACAAGUUAAAAAUAUAGAGACGUACACAUCCAUAACAGCUACAUAUAUAGCGAAUAUAUAGGGUGACAACAUGCAUGCAGACAUUAAAAAACCAUGAGCACAUGCUAGGUCAUAUUCUGAUUCUCUUUGUUUCCCAUUAAACCUUUGCUAUAUUGGGAUUAUCAUUGUCUGCUGACACACACACACACACACACACACACACACACACACACACACACACACACACACACACACACACACACACACACACACACACACACACACACACACACACACACACACACACACACACACACACACACACACACACACACACACACACACACACACACACACACACACACACCUUGUUACCAUGUUUUUAGUCCCUCUCUCCAACUUAUUAUUUAUUGAUUGAUUGUCUUGAUAUAUUUAUUUUCUACUGUAAUGUAUGGAUGAUUUGUAUGUGAUUAUCUUUGUACAUAGGAACAAGUCAAUAUGGAAUUUCACGCUCGCUGAGUCCUUUUUUUUUUUCGUUAAGUGUGUAUACUGUAGUUAUUGUAUAUUCAUUCACAGCCCUUGUUCUUUCCUGCCUUUCUUAUCCAAACUGCGUAACCUCAGGCACAUUUGACAAACACAUCACACACACAGAUAACUCCAUAUUCGAAAUAAAAAAAUGUCAGUAUGGUCUUGUAUUUCUGUAACACAUUUUUCAACAUUUCCGCUGUAUUGUCUAAGGUUUAACGGCAAUUUCAACAACCGCAACACAUUGUGUGUUGAUUGAAUAACAUUUGUUUCCCCAUCAUGGCUGUUUGGUGGCUCUUAUACAGUAACAUUUCAAUGUGCUGUGCUAUAUCCUGAAAUCUCUGUAAAUAAAACUGAGCGCUCAGGCUAGUUUUUGUGUGUAUGCCUUGUAGUAGCUUUUAUUAGGAGGUUUUUCCUUUUGGUUUUUUACAGACCUACAGUUGGUUUCUGCAAGUUACUUACAUAGCCUAUUGCUUCAGUCUUGUAGGUUCAUUUAACAAAAUGUUGCAGACGGGAAAAUAAAUACAGUGCAUAUCCCGGUCUCCUGCCACACUGUUAUUACCGCUGUGUUUUUGUUCUGUUUAUGGAUGGGCUUUAUCUGCGGCCAGGUUUUCUUCCUGUUCUGUUAUUUUUCAUUUUGUAAUGUUGGAUCUGUUGUCAAGAGCGCUUUUACGAGAUAUUGUGAUGUUGUUAGUUGAUAUGUAGCGAUACCUGGUGUAAUUUAUCAGUGUGCAUCCCUGUCCCCUCUUCUCUUGGUUUGAAUUCAAAAUAAAACAAGCUGUGACCUGUG